AUGUCUUCGGAUGAAAGUACCUCUCCCCCGCCGCAACCCUGGAAGAAGACUCGCCUCCAAGGUGCUUGUGAUGCCUGUCGGCAGAAGAAAGUGAAAUGUGAUAGCGCGACAAUGGAAGGAGGUUCGUGCAGCAACUGUCGAAUCAUGAACUGCCCGUGUACGCACAACAUUCCGGCCAAGAAGCGGGGCCCUAAGAGCAACUACAUUACCAGGUUGGAGAGGAAGGUACAGCAUCUGGAAGAGAUACUUCAACAAAACCAACCAGACCAAGGUGGUGUAACUGAAGAGUCCAUAAUGAAAGAUACACCUGACGAAGACGACGACGACGACGAAUCUGACCUCGAAUACAUUGAACUCAUGGACCAAAUCAAAACUCUUUCCUUGACUGGUAUCGAUGACCGAUACUUUGGUCCUUCUAGCAAUCUCUACUUUAUGCGGAAAGCUCUCAACAUGAAAGGAAAGCAAACAGGUACCAGCCAUACUUCGGUGAAAAGCAAAUAUGCGCAUAAUUGGGAAAUCCAACCAUGGGAACUGGUCGCUCUGGAGAAGGCUCCUUUAUUUUUCCCUCCAGAAGACCUCGUUAGAGAUCUACUAGAUCUAUAUUUCGCUUAUUUCCACCUAUACAUGCCUCUUCUACACGAGCCUUCAUUCCGUCGGUCUGUUGCAUCAGGUCUUCAUAUACGAGAUCACCGUUUUGGCGCCGUACCUCAGAACAUUCCUGUGGGUGGAAGUGGUUUAUUCAAACUCAAGGAAUGCCUCGCUCUGUCUUUGACCGCCCUAGUCUCUACGACCUACAACAUUGCUUUAUCAGCGGAAUACCUCACAGGUACUUCGGCGCCACAAUCCUCCUGGACAAUAAUUGGAAUUGGAAUUCGCUAUGCAAUUGAGAUGGGACUACAUCGUCAUUGGCCUGACAAUCCGAGUGUAGAAAGUGAGCUCAAGAAGCGUGCGUUCUGGUGCCUAAUCCUACUUGACCGACAUACGAGCUUCUACCACGGACGACCACCGGCAAUUCGCGAUGAAGAUUUCGAUCUAGAUCUCCCUCUUGAAGUCGACGACGAAUAUAUGGAGUCUGCCGAACCAUUUAAGCAGCCCCCCGGCACUCCUUCCCGAAUGGUCUAUUUCACUUUUCACCUGAAAUUAUGUCAAAUAAUGUCAUACGCUCUACGUACUCUCUAUUCAAUACGCAAAUCCAAAGAAGCAGCUGGCCUUGUUGGUCAAACUUGGGCCCAAACCAACGUAUCGGAACUCGAUUCUAUGCUGAACAAAUGGUUUGACAUGAUACCCGAUCGCUUGCGUUGGGAUCCCAAUAGGUCAUACGACGCUUUCUUUGAUCAAUCAGCAGUACUGUACACCGUCUACUACAAUAUGCAAAUCCAGAUCCACCGCCCAUUCAUACACAAGUCAUCUCCACUUUCUUUCCCGUCCCUCGUCAUAUGUACCAACGCGGCAAAGGCAUGUACACGGGUGCUUGAGGUACAGAAAAAAAAGGGUCACCUCAUGAUCUUCGGGUUCGGGAUGGCAACUUUUGCAUCCGGCAUUGUCCUGAUAAUGAAUAUGUGGACAGGGAAGAAAUCCGGUUCUCAUUCUCAGAAGCAGAAGGACAUAGAAGAAAGCAUUCAGAAAUGCCUGAACUUCCUUGAGGCAUCCUCAAAACGAUGGAACAUCACUGGACGUACCCUUGACAGCCUCCUGACUCUCUCGGAUUACGCGCCAACCCCAUCAGAGCGAGAUCAGGCUUACGGCCAGCAAUUCGACGUUAUGGACUUCUCACCAGGCAACUCAUAUCCCCCGUUGGCUACUGAUAACAAUCCUUCUAUGACGUACCAGACUUUACCGUUUUCGAUACCCCAGUCGUGGGCUGCUGACCCAACGUCUUUUGGCUUACUUGAGGAUGCCACGGCUUCUGUUUAUAAUGACAACGUUAUUCCUUCUCAAAAUGACUCUACAUUGGACGGCAUGGAUCGGGUUGCUGCCGAAGAUGCUCUGGAAAUGUGGUCAAGUAUUCCUUGGGGCUUUAACUGGGAUGACUGGUUGUCCUACACAUCUCAGAUGGAAGGAAUGGAGCGGAGGUAAGAGAGGAAACGCGGCUUUGGAAGACUACUUUUCGCACCGGCAUCUCAUGGCAGCUUGAAUCAUAUGAAUUUGUGGAUUAUACUUGUACAACAAGAUGGAGGGGAGAUACAUAAGAGCUACAUAAUCGAAUACAAUGUUG